AUGUCUAACAAUAUAGUUAACCCAUCCCAAAAUGAAAGUCGGGAAGAAAAAGAAAAACAAGAGAAAGCAAAAUGGGAUGACAAGGGAACUGAGGUUUUCAUCAAGAUUUGUGUUGCUGAGACGUUAGGUGGUAAUCGACCAAGUAGUCAUUUUAAUAAGGUUGGAUGGAAAAAUAUUAUAAAGAAGUUUAAUGAUAUUACUAAAAGGAACUAUGACUAUAGACAAUUGAAGAACAAAUGGACUGGACUUAAGAAAGAAUGGCAGUUAUGGACAAGUUUGGUUGCAAAAGAGACCGGCUUAGGAUGGGAUCCUGUGAAGCAAACAAUCAAAGCUACCGAUGAAUGGUGGGAUAAGAAAAUAAAGGAGAAACCUGAGGUUGCAAGAUUUCGAACACAUGGAUUGAAACAUGUUGAAUUCAUGGAUGCCUUAAGAAUUCCAACACUGAAAUUUCCACGUCCACCUACUGAGUUCCAACCAUAUGAUGAUGAUGAAGAGUUACUUCCCCAAACAGAUGACGGAAGGACUAGUACGGAAGAGACUAUUGUACAAGAAAAUGUAACUCGUGCACGAGAGAUGGAUGACGAACGCGAGAGAAUUGCAAAUCUUCUUAUGUCUACUUGA